CAUCACACGGCAGUGAAAUGACGCCCUCGGUCAUCAGUCACUGUUCUGUUGAUAUAGAACAAUGAUAAGUCUGAUAUUUAAUUUAAAAUAAAUGAAAUAACUUCAAGUGUGUAAUGCGCGUGCGCGCGUGCGAGAGACUCAUCACGCGCACCACACAUACUGUUUGUCUCUCUCGCGCUCUCAUCAAACCUGCGCGCGCCUCUCUCUCUCCCUCUCUCUCUCUCUCUCUCUCCCUCGCGCACUUCAAAGCUUCACUUGAAAGUGAGCUCGAGACAAGAGUUGUUGUUCUUUCCGCCCGCUGGUGCCACGCGCCGAGCAUCAUCGUCAUCAUCAUGCCUCGAGGAUUCUUGGUGAAGAGACACCGGCGAUGUUCGGCCUCUUACCGGUCACGAAAUAACGUAAAUAACUCAGCUGUGACAUAUGACGGUGACCGGAACAACGGCGAUAACUCCGAAGUGACAAAACCGGAGGAAGUGACCGACUCCGACGUGUUGACCGUGUUCCCGUUUGAAAGGCAGGAUGGAGUGUUCCCGGUGUUCCGCGAGGACUCCACCGGUGUCAGAGAGGCUUGGAGCCCGCACGUGGAGUCCGCGCUGGAGGCGGAGGCGGACCGACGCGCGCAGUUACCGGAGACCGAGGAGCAGGUGAACGAGGUGGACGUUUUAACACCGGACUGUGAUUUCUCCUACUUCUUCCCGCCUCCUCCGCCACCUCCACGCGACUUAGCGGAGUCUUGCAGUCCCGUUAAACCGGUCGGCACGAGACUCCUGGAGCAGCACGAGGAAGCGGAGAAGCAGCCGUUGUUCCCGGGCAGGUGCCUGACAUCCUCCCCGGUGUCAGAGUUACCGGAGCUGCCGUUCCUGGUGAGCUCCACGCCCACGUCGGUGUCCGCUUCAAUAGAGAGGCUCCUCUCGAGCGGCGGCCGCCACGCGCCGUCCUACGGUCACGGUGACCCCAGCAUGGGUCACGUGCACUUGUUCCCGCCACUGACACUGAUGAACCAGGAGCAUCACGCGGCGAGGAAACGCUCGUACCUCGAACCGGAUCAACCGUUGAACGGAAACAGACACAACAAACAGUCCGCGAGCCACGCGCCGAAGAAACCCAAAGUGAACCGGAAGCUCAACUUCGAGGAUGAGGUCACGACCUCUCCGGUUCUCGGUCUGCGGAUCAAGAAGGAGAGCCCCGAGCUGAGGAGACACCGGGAGAAGUCGUCUGCUCACACCGGGAAUCAGCCGCUGGGGGAGUUCAUCUGUCAGCUCUGUAAGGAGGAGUACCCGGACCCGUUCUCCCUCGCGCAGCACAAGUGCUCCCGCAUAGUGCGCGUGGAGUACCGCUGUCCCGAGUGCGACAAAGUCUUCAGCUGUCCCGCCAACUUGGCGUCCCACCGCCGCUGGCACAAACCCCGUCCGGUGAACAACCAAGCGGGAGAGACACCGAGCAACAAGAGCCAGCCGUUAAAGGAGGCGCGAGGGCUCGUCCAGCAGCACGAGAGGCAGCCGGUGGAGACGGAGGGCAAAGAGAACGAGCUGCUCCGCGUGAACAGCAAUCAGCACCACGCGGCGCUGGACAGUUCCCGCCUCAGGCGCGAGCCUUCCUUGCUGCUGCUCCACGGUCGCUCGAGAGACAGCGCGGACACCGACAGCCUCGCGCCUCCCCGCUACGACACCUCGCCUCAUUACCGGAACCCGGUUGAAAACUGUCUGGACCUGCAGCAACAGGUGAGAGCGGCGGACAGCCCGCCCUCGAGCCUCCUUCUGCUCAACGGUAACCCGGACGAGCGCGCGGAGCUGCCCCAGCAGCAGCCGUCGACGUCACUCCCGCACCCCCAGUUUGUGCAGUCGUUACCGGAGGAGGAGGUGUACGAGUGCCGGUACUGCGGGAAGAAAUUUCGCCGGCAGGCUUACCUGAAGAAACACCUGGCCGCGCACGAGAUGGCAGCUCGAGCGUCUCCGCCCCCGUCACCUUACGGACAGGCGCGCGAGAGCGGCGGCGGCGGCGGCGGUCAGAGUCAGGUUUUCCUGUGUCACCUGUGCGGCGCGCGCUUCCCGUCGGUUGAAAUCAGAGACAAGCACCGUCUGUGGCACGCGAUGAGGAACGAGUUACUGGCGGGAGCGCUGGGAGGAGGACUCAGACCAGAUGUGUACCACGCGCAAGGAGAGGACAACGGCACGAGGGAGCGCGAGCAGCAACAGCAGCAGCAGCAGCAGCAGAUCUUCACGUGCAAACACUGUCCGUCCACAUUCUUCAGCUCCCCGGGGCUCGCGAGACACAUCAACAAGUCUCAUCCCACCGAGAACCGUCAGGUGAUGCUGCUGCAGAUGACCGUGCGGCCGUAAAACACGCACGGCACGCAGACGUUAGUUAAGGAAACUGAAGAGGAGUCUCUGCGGGGAAGAGGAGUCUCUGCGGGGAAGAGGAGUCUCUGCGGGGAACAGAGCAACUGUUUCAUUCACAUUAUUUCACCCAACGCUUCUACUGUAAGUUAGUAUCGAGGCCCGUGUGGUUCAGUUCAUUACUGUGGUGUAUCACCGUGCCUUCGGUCAGUGAAGCAUCCUGAAGCUGUCUCACAAUGAUGUACUGACACGAGAACGAUGCAGACGAUGUCCACGAUCAUGAAAACAAAAACAAAACGUCAAACAAACAUAAGAAAAACGUUAAAACAACUUUAGAAUAACAAGCCGAACUGUCCGUGGUGCUGAAAACAAACAAAGCCCUGUCCAUGGUACUGAACCCGCAUCUUUCCACAGGUGGUUUAACGCUGGUCAAAGCAGGACUGUAGUGCUACAAUAAAGAGUGAAGCUGUCUUUUUUUUUU